AUGAUCGAAAAAUUCCGUGUGGACCACUGUAUGCUGUUCGAGCAGCGAAAAUGUCACAACCACAAACCGUUCACUUGCUUCAAUUGGCAUUAUGAGAAUCAGAGACGCAGAGUACCAAUUCUGAAUCCGGAUGGGUCGUUCAACUACUCACCAGACGUAUACUGUAACGAGUAUGAGGAGAAAAAUGGAGUUUGUAGUAAUGGGGAUGACUGCAAAUAUCUGCACCGAGUUUCUGGCGACGUAGAGAGAAAAUACCAUCCAAGGUACUUCAAAACUGCAAUGUGUGUGCACUCGACGAAUUCAAAGGGACAUUGUGCAAAGAAUGGCCCAUUUUGUGCCUACUCUCACUCUGAGAGAGACCGCCGACCACCUACAGUAGGGUAUUACGAUUCUGGACAAAUUACCGAGUGGACCCGGUCCCGAAAAAAUAGCAGAGCAUCGGUAAUCGAUGAGGAUGAGCAAUGGAAUGGUCACGAAUUCGUUGUCUUGAACUACAAAACAGAAUUCUGCCGAAAACCGGUGAGCUACUGUAGGCAGGGCUACGCUUGCCCAUUCUAUCAUAAUUCGAAGGAUAGGAGACGUUCACCGGCAGUGUUCAAGUACAGAACCACCGCUUGCCCAUCGGCCAAACCCAACAACGAAUGGGAGGAUCCAGACAUGUGUGCAGGCGGCGACAACUGUCAGUACUGUCAUACUAGGACUGAGCAACAAUUCCAUCCGGAAGUCUAUAAAUCGAUGAAGUGCAAUGAUUUGUUGGAAUACGGAUUCUGCCCGCGAGGAAUUUUCUGCGCCUUUUCACACAACGAAAUGGAAAAGUACCCGUUGCGGGACGUCUACAUGAGAGGAGAGCUUGGAUUGGAAAAUGGCGUUCCAAUUUCCCCGAAACCCUAUGGUGGACCAAACGAGAAUCUCGGAAGCUCCAAUUUGACGUCUCCAAGUCUCUACUGGCGGCCCGAAAAUGAGGAAUUACCAGAUUUUAUGGCCUUGAGCCUGAACGAUGGCCCAAACGGCCCAAGUGGUCAAAAUGGUCCACAAGAAGGAUUCCCGCCAGACCACAACGACGUAAAUCAAAGAUGCCUGUACCUCGAAGAAUCCCUACGCAACAUGAAUGAAUGUGCUCAAAUGUGGAAAGCGCGUUUUGAAGCGGUUACUGUAGAAAAUUCCAGAAUUAUGGAAUUUAUAAAUUCCAUGGGACCAAUUAACUCGGAGCCACGCCCACUAUCCAUCAGUAUCCCACAAGAAGACGGUAUCCGUCCACUGGCAAGUCUCGCACACAGCCCGGACUUUGAUAUUUUUGCGCAGCAAGAUUCCAACGACCCUCCAGCGUGCAUGAGAUGCGGUCGAGAUCCAACAUCUCCGAUUCCAGAUGGUCCCAAAAAGUGUCCCCUCUGCUCCGGAUGA